AUGGCAACAAAAGUGACUGUUGCAUUGUGUGUAGUGGUCUAUUUGUUUAUGCCAGUGGCAGCCACAUCAGUACAGUUACCAGCCGUCUACCCACUUGUUAACAUCUUGCUCCCACUCCUGAACAACGUAUACAACCUCCUUCUCUCGCUGCUAUCAAUCUUCGACACACUACCGCCACCUAUUAGCAAUUUGAUACCAGUGGAUUUAGGCGCGUUGGAGACGUCACUCUUAAAACUAUAUUCGCAAGCGCUGGCGAUCGUCAACUUUUUGAGGUCCCUACCAGAGUACGCGGUGGGUGCCAAUCCCAGCACACCAGCCUCCAAUGUCACCAACAUGCAAGGACUACUCUCAAAUCUUGUGUCGUCGAUAUCAGAGCUCGCUGAUGAUGUUCUGGUGGGCAUUGGUGGUUCUCUGCUACCAGGUCUGUUACAACUGGUCGUUAUGGUUGUACAAGCCGUGCUUAACUUGUUACUUUAG